GUCUGAAAGCGAUUGGCACGAAAAUACAACGUGCAUCUUAAUAGCAGUUUGUACAAACCAACUGAGCGUUUCAAUCUUAGGUCGGUUGUGAAGCUUAUGCUUACCCAGCUGCGUGAAAAUGUCUGAAAAGAUAAACUAUGUGACUACACUGACACCUGAAAUCAUCGAGAAAGCCGAAAAGGAACUGUCGGAAGAUGAUCAUUUACGUACACAAAGCGUUUUGGCCCUCCGCGAGUGGGCUAAGAAACAACCUCAUUUGGAGUCGAUGCCGUUAGAUGCACAAUUUCUGUUGAAAUAUUUACGCGGAUGCAAGUUCAGUAUGGAAAAGACGAAAAAAAAGUUGGACAUGACGUUGACUUUGCGUACCGCUCUGCCGGAAUACUUCGGCGAUUGGGAUCCGAUGACUCCCGAGAAUCAACUCGUCCUUAGUAUGGGGGGUAUUCUACCGCUUCCAGGGUAUGACCAUCUAGGUCGUAAGGUGGUAGUGAACCGACCUGGAGUGAACAAUCCUGCUAAAUGUAAAUUUGAGGAUGUUCAACGUGUAGGUUUUAUGCUCAACGAAAUAAUGGCAGAUGAAGAUGAACAGAUGUUUAUCACUGGCCUUGUUGUUCUUAUUGACAUGGCAAACUUCACCAUGGGUCACAUGACGGCGAUGCCAAUGGCCGCAAUGAAGAAGCUGAUGCCUUGCUGGGAGGACGCCUCUCCCAUCCGUCCCAAAAGCUUGAACUACAUCCACACUUCGUCUAUUUUCAACACGAUUAAUAAUAUGAUGAGUAGCCUGAUGAAUGACAAAAUUAAACAAAGGAUGCGUGUCCAUGGAGAUGACAUGGAAUCCCUCUAUAAGGAAAUCCCUAAAAGCAUUUUGCCUACAGAUUACGGCGGUGAUAAUGUGUCACUUGAUGAGAUAACGGCUUAUUGGAAAAAGAAAUGCGAGGAUCGCCGUGAUUUUUUAAUUACGCAAUCUAAAAUCAAAUCGGACGAAUCUAAACGACCCGGGCGCCCAAAAACAUCCGAUGAACUAUUCGGUAUUGAAGGAUCUUUUCGCAAGUUGAACGUCGAUUAAAGGAAGACAAUUACGCGGGAUGAAGAACUUCGUGUCAUCAGGCAGAUUUAAAUGUGACGUUUUCUUAACUUGCACAGAAUUUCGAACCGUCUUUGUCACAGGUUUUGGUUUCAAGUCAUCCCGUCCGCUAAAUUGAACUCUGCUUUG